AUGGCCGACGAUGCUGCAACUCUUGCACCCGUUGAUCGUCCUCAAACACCUUCUUUACCGACUCCAGUUGGCUCGAAAACACCUCCAACAAUUGCUAGCAAACGGUUUUCGCUUCAAGACAGCAACAUGUCCGCAGUCCAACGAGCGACUGAGGCGAUGGAAGCAGAUGCUUUGAAUCGGAGACUGAAGGAGUUUGAGAAUGCAGGAAGAUCGAGAGACAGAACGCCGGGGAGAAGCCCCAGUCGCAAGAGACAGCGGGUUUAUGGUGAUCGAUUCAUACCAAAUAGAGACGGACAAGAUCUACAAGCCAGCUAUAGUCUCCUCCACGACGAGGGAUCUCCUGCCACACCCUCCCGAUCAAGAAAGAAGACUCCUCAUGGUGAACUGCAUUUUCAGCGAACAGAAGAAGCAAACAGAACAUAUUCAACAGUACUCCGAAAUGAGCUGAUGGGAGACUCCGUACCUCAAGACUUCCGAUCGAUAUCCCCGGACGACCGCUUUGGACGAAGACAGACUCCUCCCGGUCAACCAUCGAUGGCCGCCAUGCCUCCAGCCUCCAUAACCCCCACGACUCCUCACAAGAAUAUGUUCUCAUACAAAUCUCCUCAAAAGGUGAUAGGAUCUGGUCAUCCGACACCUUCCUCAAGAACCGGAAAACAUCCUGGCCUAAUAAAUCUCAACGCAAGAUCCGACCUCUAUUCCAUAUCGCCCAUCAACUACUCCUCACAAUCCAUUCUUCAGACUCCCCGCAAACAACCCCGACCCAUUGCAAAAGUACCCUAUAAAGUGCUGGACGCUCCAGAGCUGGCAGAUGAUUUCUACCUCAAUCUGGUCGAUUGGGGUUCGGCAAAUAUCCUCGGGGUAGGGCUGGGAUCAUGUGUCUACAUGUGGAACAGCACCACGGGUAAGGUCACACAGCUAUGCAAGCUGCCAGACAAUGAUGUGGUGACGUCUGUGGCAUGGAUACAACGAGGGUCGCACCUUGCGGUUGGAACCCACAAAGGAUUCGUUCAGAUAUAUGACGCCGAAAAGUCUCGCAGACUAAGGACGAUGACGGGCCACUCAGCUCGAGUGGGAGCUUUAGCUUGGAACGACCACAUUCUGACGUCUGGAUCAAGAGAUCGGCUGAUAUACCAUCGAGAUGUGCGAAGUCCGGAUCAGUAUCUGAGACGUCUGGCUGGUCACAAACAAGAAGUAUGCGGCCUGCGUUGGAACACCGAAGAUGGACAGCUCGCUUCGGGAGGAAAUGACAACAAAUUGUGUGUGUGGGACAAGCUUUCCGAGACUCCAUUGUACAGAUUUUCGAACCACGUUGCAGCAGUCAAGGCCAUCGCUUGGAGCCCUCAUCAACAUCACCUUCUGGCAUCAGGAGGUGGAACAGCAGAUCGGUCGAUCAAAUUUUGGAACACAUCAACCGGAUCUCUCAUCAAGGAGGUCGAUACAGGAAGCCAGGUCUGCAAUCUGGCCUGGAGCAAGAAUAGUGACGAGAUUGUCAGCACACAUGGGUACAGCCAGAACCAAAUUGUGGUUUGGAAAUAUCCAAAAAUGGAGCAGGUGGUCAGUCUGACCGGACAUACUUUCCGUGUUCUCUAUCUCAGCACAAGUCCAGAUGGCACAACCGUGGUGACAGGUGCUGGAGACGAGACUCUGCGGUUCUGGCGCGUAUUUGGCAAGAAGGGCAACGACGGCCGCAACAGUGAUGGGAUAUCCGGGAAACUCGGUGACUGGGGUGCGAUCCGUUGA